CCAUCGACGAAAGUUCAAAGACGCCGUCACAGUUUACAGGCGUCGGGCUUUGUGUUUUCGCACCGAGCGAUGCUGUGAAGGGGAAAGCUGCGCAAGUUUCUGCGGGUGAGACUCGACGCGUUAGCGGGAGGAUGAGCUGCAGCUCGUAGCCAACGGUAACCGACUAGAGCUUCUGCGUUCUCCUGUUUGUUGAAGUGUGCCUGUCAGUUCAGUCAUGGCUCGCGGUUGCAUCUGCUGUGUUAAAUACAUGCUCUUCCUCUUCAACCUGCUCUUCUGGCUGGGUGGGUGUGGACUGCUGGGUGUCGGCGUGUGGCUGUCGGUCUCUCAGGGCAGCUUUGCCACCCUGUCGCCCUCCUUCCCGUCGCUCUCCGCCGCCAACCUCAUCAUCACCCUCGGCACUGUUGUCAUGGUGACGGGGUUCCUGGGUUGCCUGGGCGCCAUCAAGGAGAACAAAUGCCUGCUGCUGAGCUUCUUCAUCGUUCUGUUGAUCAUCCUCUUGGCUGAACUUAUCCUCCUCAUCCUGUUCUUUGUCUACACCGACAAGGUGAGUGACAACGCCAGGCGGGACCUGAAAGAAGGGCUGGUGCUAUACAACACAGACAACAACGCUGGCCUGAGGGAUGCGUGGAACACCAUACAGGGAGAGUGGAGGUGUUGUGGAGUGAUGAACCACAACGACUGGUACACCGCCCUGCAUGAUAACGUGGUUCCUGACCGCUGCUGCCAGCAGUUUUACCCGGGCUGUGGACGUAAUGCCUCCAAUGUCUUCUGGACACGGGGUUGCUAUGAGAAGGUGGAGGAGUGGCUGGAUGACAACAAACACCUUCUGGGAACCAUCGCUAUGUGUGUGUUGGUCAUACAGCUCCUUGGUAUGGCGUUCUCUAUGACACUUUACCAACAGAUCCACCGAGCAGGGAAGAAGUAUGAAGCCUGAUGGGAUACAUGUGGUCAUUUCAAACAGUUUGGUAUUGGGUACAUUAAAUAUAUCACCUCCGUCAUGCCUGUUACCCUCACCUUUAGUUUAUAGUCACAGUAAGCCAGUUAGCGUGUGCCACUACAGCCUCAUAUCAUUUUUCACCAGUUAUUCUUGUGAAUAGCAUCAGAACUAGUUUUUCUUAUGGUUAGAUUUUUUUAAUCGCACUAUAAUUUUUUUUUUAUGUAAAAUAUCUGAGGGUUGGUCUCUGGCUUUCAGAACCUGAGAAAAAGACUGAGAAGAAGCAUGAAGAGAAUACUUUUUACUUUUACGUGAUGCCUGUGGAAUAAUAGAAUGUAAAGAUCCAUUUAGAUAAAACGAGCAUUGUGUACUAACAUUAAAUAAAAGCAGAGAGCACUCUU